AAGGUGUUCUGUUCUGUAUAUUCAUUUCUUAUCAGGAAGUGAAUUUUGUCUGAGGAGACAUCAUCUGUAUAUGUAAUAAGGGAGUCAGUGCCAUUUGGGAAGCAGCUUUGCUUCUGUGGGACUCAGGCUGCUCUGAUUCGGCAUGAAUCACAGCUUGCAGUGAAGGCAUGCUUCUCUGGGUACUCCAUAGUGAAUCUUCCCCUGCACACUCUGCCUGCCAGGGAAGAACACUGCCCUGAAAUAAAUGCUCUCUCAAACUGAAAAAAACUAUUUUAGUGACUUUUAAGAAUAAACGUCAUUCCUUGAACAUCCCGUUGACAUCUUUCUUAGGAACAUGGAGAUCCACUUUCUGGACCAAAUGCAUAUCCUCCAUGGUACUUGGCCAUCUGGCUUCUGGUGAGCAGGUGUGCGAGCCUGGGGCAUGGGGGCUGUCUUCUCCAUUAGAGAGAAUAGAAUGUAAAGGGUCACACUGUAAGAUGUUAAUGUUGAAUUGUGUUUGUUCAAAGCUCUGGGUGUAUGGAAAACACAUUUGAGGGAUUUUCUGCUUAUAUUAACAUUUAUCCGAACUUAAACUUAGACAAGAUCAGAUCUCCAGUAGAAAGGAAUUUCUAUAAAAUUAUAUUUGAUAAUCAUUCAGGAUAUUGCAGUAUUAAUACUCUUGUGCUCAAGCCUGGAUAACACAUGUGAGUGGUUAGAUCCAGCAGGAGGGCUCGUGAGUAUUGUCUUUAACUGAGGCAGACGAGUGGACAAACAUCACUGUUUCUUCUUGGCUGCCCUUUCCUGAUGACCAUCGUGACAGGCUGGUUUUAUUUUGUUUUUGCCAGGGGCAUCUUGCCAGUGAAUAGGGAAAAAACUGGGGAAGGGGUUGCUUCUGCCUUGUCACCCAGAGCACAACAGAUGUAGCAGUAUGACAAGAUGCACAGAUGAUGCCAAAAAGGUGGAUGGGAGACAUUGUGGAAAAAAAAAAGAGAUUAAACCAAAGGGAGGUUCUGGUGGCUUGAUGCCUGGCCACUUCCUUCUUUCACCUGUUCGUGAGAGAUAAUCUGGACUGCCUAUUAAGACCCUUUUACAGGGAAAUGGGUCCUAUGGGGCUUGUGUGACCUGUGAAUACAGCCUGCUAGCCUGACACCAAGCAGGGAGGGAGUCUAUCAUGGAUGGCAUCGUUGAGCAGAAGAGUGUUCUGGUACACAGUAAGAUCAGUGAUGCUGGCAAAAGGAAUGGCUUAAUUAACACCAGAAACUUCAUGGCUGAGAGCAGGGAUGGUCUGGUGUCUGUUUACCCAGCACCGCAGUACCAGAGCCACAGGCUAGUGGCCAGUGCGGCACCAGGCAGCCUGGAAGGAGGCAGAAGUGAUCCUGUGCAGCAGCUGCUGGACCCAAACACACUGCAGCAGUCCGUGGACUCCCACUAUCGUCCCAACAUCAUUCUAUACUCAGAUGGUGUACUCCGAUCCUGGGGGGAUGGUGUAGCCACUGACUGCUGUGAGACCACCUUCAUUGAGGACCGGUCACCCACCAAAGACAGCCUGGAGUACCCCGAUGGGAAAUUCAUCGACCUCUCAGGGGAUGACAUCAAAAUCCACACCCUGUCCUAUGAUGUGGAGGAAGAGGAGGAGUUACAGGAGCUGGAGAGUGACUACUCCAGCGACACAGAGAGUGAGGACAACUUCCUCAUGAUGCCCCCACGAGAUCACCUGGGACUCAGUGUCUUCUCCAUGCUCUGCUGCUUCUGGCCUUUGGGCAUUGCGGCCUUCUACUUGUCCCAUGAGACAAACAAAGCUGUGGCCAAAGGAGACUUCCAUCAGGCCAGCACCAGCUCCCGGAGGGCCCUAUUUCUGGCAGUGCUGUCCAUUACGAUUGGAACUGGCAUCUAUGUGGGUGUAGCUGUUGCCCUCAUUGCCUACCUCUCCAAAAACAACCACCUGUGAGCUUCCCAAAGGCUGGCAUGAAGGAGGGGGAGCUGAGCCAGACGAAUGAGGGCAGAGAAGAGACACCUGUGUGUUACUGUACAGUACAAGGGAUUGCCGGACAACUCCAUGAUGCCCUGGAAUCUUCUACUCCUGGACUUCCUUUGUUUUUAUCCUUCAACUUCAUCUUCAGCACUGUGCAGAGCACCAGGCAGCCAGGAAUGCUGAUUCUUCCUCAUGGAAGUUCCAAAGAUUCCAUCCCAGUGGCUGCCCCUGGAUGAAUUCUACUGGAUGGAUGACAAGCCAGCUCUGUAGCCUGCCAGUGCCUGGACUAACACCCCAUUAGCAAUAUACAAACAGUUAAAAUAUGUUUAUUUUUUAUGGAAUAUGGUGCAAUAGGCAGAAUGCAGGAGACAUGUCAUCACUAGCUUGUGGCCCGCUUAAAUUCUCUGUGUGUACCCCAUCUUUGUGGCUUCCUUGUCAGAAAUAAGUGGGGCUGAGAAAGAAAGGAAAGCAACUGCUGGGAGAUCUUCUGUCUCUCUGUCCACAGAUGGAUCCUGUCUGAGAAUGCAGAAUUAGAGGAGCAUAAUGCCUACCCUGGCCUUGCUCAGUCCCAGCACGCUGCCUCAGCUUGGAGCAUCAGGCUUCUUGCAGAUACCCAGCAAUACACAGUUCUGGGGCCUCACUAAUCUUAAAGGAGAGGAAGCCACAGCUCCUCUCAAAAACAAACCCAGUGUUUUCCCCGGGAGCCUGAGGGAAAGGAACUGUGAAGACACACCAGGUGUUUAACUCCUGGAUGUUCAUCCUGGUCAUGAGCAUCAAUGCUGGAGAUCCCGGAAAUGAGAUGGGCCUUAUUCUGUCCACUAAAUGAAUGGCUAUUUUCUUGUCAUUUUUUAAGUGCAACUCUUGCUUCAUGCUGCUUCAGUUGCCAGAUGAAUGCUGAGAAAUAAGUAAUCACAGAUGUUUUAAUACCAUGUCAUUGCUGUUUUACGAGUGUUCAUUAUUUAACAAAAAUUAUCUUUUA